AUUAUUUUCUCAUACAGUCUCCCUCCAUUCCAAUGCUUACCCGGGGAAUUUAUUCCUUACUUGAAUUGAAUAUUCUGCUCAGACGAGGGCACAUAAAAUAGCAGAAUACGUUAUCGCUCUCGACAAAAUACCGUAUCAUACUGUAUUUUUUUUACUCUGGAAGAAAGCGAUCUGCUGAAGGAGAGAAGACUCGCACGCGCCAUUGUCGUAGCUAUUAUAUUAUCACAAUAAUCGAAGCGCUCUUUAGCAACGAAAUAUCGCAGAAUGGGAAAUAAAGUACCAUAUCAAAAACUGGACAUGGCUGCAAGCGAUGACGUCAUACCUUCGGGCGAUCCCGAGAAAGGAGCCGAAAUCUUCCGAGAGCACUGUGCCGGUUGCCAUGACAUCGACACGACUGGAGAACAUAGGGCGGGGCCUAAUUUAAUGGCGUUAUGGGGCAGAGAGGCCAACACGAUCGAGGGUUUUGCCUUCGUGGAAUCGGAUGAAAAGAAAGGGAUCAUUUGGAAUGAUAAGACCCUCUUUGACUUCUUGGAGAAGCCUCACAUUCCUGGAACAAAGUUUUUAUUCCGCGACCUGAAGGGAAAGGACGAGGACAAGGCCAACCUGAUCGCUUACCUCAAGAAAAUGACCGACCCCAAGAACUCAUGAUCGAAUUGAGCUUCGAUCAGCUCAUCAUUGUCAAAUAUUCGGAUGGAUUCGAUCACACUGACAUCGCACGCUUGAAUUACGAUCGAUGUCGUUUACCUAGGAAGAGACUAGUCAAGCUUUAAGAGCGGCAGAAUAAAACAAUGAUUCAUUCAUUAAUUUAGAGGAUGCCUUUCAAGAUCAAGCCAUGAUCUGUCGCGUUAUUCUUAUUUCUUUGACUUUCCCCCUUUUUUAUUAACAUGGAAUGGUUUUCGUUAUGACAGAGAAAAUUGAAAUUCGAAUAAUGUACCGAUAUGUUUUAUGAAUGCGAUUUAAAAAAAGUCAUUUGGGCAUGCAAAUUAUAACAUUCCAGCUCUUGGCUGAAGCAUGUGUAUCAUCGUCUUUUUCUGUAUUUCGAGUAUAUGAAGUUAUUCAUGAACAAAAAUGUUUGAAAAUGGCAAAACAACAAAAUAGGCUUGUUUUGAACACCGUCAUUGUUACUUUGCAAAUAAGUUUGACAGAAAUCAAAUUACAUGUAAAACAAAUUGUUUCUUUGAAUAAAUAUUUUGAGAGUGUAAAUUGG